GGUGUCGCAGCAGCUCUGGCCAUGAGGACCCUGUGGAUGGUGCUGUGCGCGCUGGCACGGCUGUGGCCCGGGGCCCUGGCUGGCUGCUCAGAGGCCGGGCGCUGCUGUCCUGGACGGGACCCAGCCUGCACCGCCCGCGGUUGGAGGCUGGACAGGGUCUAUGGAACGUGCUUCUGCGACCAAGCCUGCCUUCUCACCGGGGACUGCUGCUUCGACUACGCCAGGGCGUGCCCAGCUCGCCCUUGCUUUGUGGGAGAAUGGAGUCCGUGGAGUGGCUGUGCGGGUCGCUGCCAACCCACCACGCGUGUGCGCAGGCGCUCAGUGCAGCAGGAGCCAAUGAAUGGAGGGGCACCCUGCCCGCCCCUGGAAGAGAGAGCCGGCUGCCUGGAGUACUCCUCAUCGCAGGGCCAGGACUGCGGGCACUCCUUUGUUCCUGCCUUUAUAACUAGCUCUGCAUUCAACAAGAAGAGAGCAAUACAAGCCGCAUCUCCACAGUGGUCUACACACACCCGGGAUGCCAGAUACUGUAUGGAGUUCAAGACAGAGUCCCUGACUCCUCACUGUGGUCUGGACAACCGUCCUCUGACUCGAUGGAUGCACUAUCUCCGAGAGGGGUACACCGUGUGUGUGGACUGUCAGCCUCCAGCUAUGAACUCCGUGAGCUUGCGUUGUUCCGGAGAUGGUCUGGACUCUGAUGGAAAUCAGACUCUUCGCUGGCAAGCCAUUGGCAACCCUCGAUGCCAGGGAACUUGGAAAAAAGUGCGUCGAGUAGAACAGUGCUCUUGUCCAGAUGUGCACCGCUUCAUUUUUAUAUAGAGCAC